CCAGUCAAUGUUUUGAACAGCAUCCUUUGGGUAAUUUGUGCCAUCGUUAAAGCAGGUUAAGAAAAGAUGAAGCUGCUUGUUUGUUGUCUCCUAGCCAUCACCUGUUGUGUCUUGGCGAAUGUCGACAAGGUCGAGAGAACAAUGAAGCUGACUGAAGUACUAAAGGAGUUAAGACAACUAAACAAAAGUGUGGCGCACAACGGCAUGAUGUUGAAUACUCCUACCCUGGAUAUAGAGGAAUGCUGUUUCCUAUCUGCCUUGGAGUGCUUCCGGAAGAUGGUACCUAGUCUCAGGGCCAAACAAAAGAAUUUGCAGCGCAAAGUUAUCAAAAACCUCAGCCCACUGACUUUUAGAGGUGUGGACUCCUGCAGUCGGGAGGAGAGAGAGAACAAAGUCUGCCAAGGAUGUGAUUCCUACCCAAUGAAGGACAGCAGGGAAUUUGUAAAACAGUUGGAAUCUCUUCUUCAAAAGGCUAUGAAUAGACUGGUGUGAGGAUAUGACUGGAACAACGUGUGGGAAAAGACACUACUCUGCGAACACAUCAGAGACAUGGCUAUGGCCAGUCCGGCCAUCCUACUAGUCUAUGCAUUUUGUUAUUUGAUUUUUGUGGCCAAUAUUAUAUUUGUUUUGUCAUUAUUUUGUUGGGGGGGGGGUUACAGGUACAAUAGUCAUAUCAAAUCAUAUACCAUUUCAUAUCACAUGUACCUGUGGACUGCCACUCGAAAGAAAAACAAACGUAAGAAAUACAGACUAGAGAAAUGAUCAUAUUGAUUAAGUUCUAAUUAUAUUUAAUGAUAAUAUUUAUUUAAUAUUUAUUUAUGAAAUGGUGUUAUUCUACUCAAGCAAAAUAAUUAUUUAAUUCCCUCAAGAAAGCUGCUUUGGUGCCACCUAGUGUAAAAACGACAUCCAUGCAGUUUAUCAUUGAUGUUUUAACAUUUCUUUAUU